UGAACCAAGGAGCCGAAGGUGGGGCUCGGCCGAAGGCGUAGCCUAAGCAGGGCGGGCACUGGAGACGCACAUUCGUGGCGCUACCCAUUGGUCAUCCAUGCGGUCACGGGGAGGAGGCGUGGCUCCGAGGCGAGCUCCGGUCCCGCCCCCGCUCGGAACCCAGCCCGGGAUCGCGGUCCUUCCCCCUCGCCCCCAGCUGCACAGACUUGACACAGACACACAGUCACUGCAGCUGCUGAGCGAGCCCGACGCUCUAGGCACGCGGCGGCGGCCGGACUAGCCCGGAGCUCCAACACCACCGCCCGCCAGCGCGCUCCCACGCCGGUCCCUGCACAGAGAUUCCCGCCCGGCCGCGCGCGGGAAGCGGGGAUCGCGCGCCCGUCCGUUCGCGGCUCCGGGCUGCCCACGGCGUCUGCAGGGGACGAGCGGCUCCAAACCUGAGUGCUCCGUGAAGCCGGCGCGUCUCCAAGGCGGCGGCGGGGGCUGCCGGCCCGGGCUCCCCGCACCCAUCGGGCUGCGUCCCGCUUGCCGCGCCCCGCCGUGACCUUCCAAGGAGCGCCUAUCCCGGCCCGGCGCCUCCGGUCCCGUGCCCCAGGCCCGAGCGAGGCCCUCUUCAGCGCCUGCUUCUCGCGGAGCCGCGGGCGGGCGGGCGACGCAGGCCCGGGGGGAGGGUCACCGCAAGCAGCUACCGCCGGUCCCAGUGCUCGCUCGCCACGUUCGUCUCCCGGCCCGGCUGAGCUGCCUCCUGCCUCGCCGCUUCUCCGGAGCCAGGGGUGCGGCUGCACUCGCCUGGCCGGGCCGGUUGCGGUCAGACCCUGCCCUGAAGGGGCUAAGCGGUCAGGGGCGCGGAAGGUGAAGCCGGCGGAGCUGUCGCUCCGCGUUUCUUCCUGGCGCUGGUUUCCCAGACCCAACCUAGGGCCUUGCCCAUGCGAGGCGCCCAGGGCUUGGAAGAGUCCUUCUGGUGUGGAGCAGCUCUCGGCAGCCGCCGCGGAGGAGGAGAAAGAGGGGAGAGUGCUCAGUCCCGGCAAGGCGGACCUUUUCUGUUGGCAUUUGGAGCCCAAGGCUGUCCCGAAGUCUGUGCUUGGCACCGUCGGUCGGGUUAGAACAGCACCAGCUGGGAUCUCCACCCGGACCUACUGCACUUAGUAGGCGUCAGUGGCACCACGCGGUUCAGCUCUUUCGGAGGGUACCUCUGCCUGGGUGUAGUCAAGGCCAAGGGCUCUAAUCUGCUCAUCGUUUAUGGAUAAAACCACACUGGAUUAGGAUAAUGACUGUAUUUUACCUUCAUUGCCUUCAUGAGACCCCCUCGCCAUACACAGUCAUAUCCUGAUUUGCUGUGGAUAAUUACAGACUUCAAUAUUUGAGCUUGGUCUCCACCUUGUAUAUUGAGACAGAAUCACCUAGUUGAACCCAAAGCUCAUGGUCUGGCUUGUCAGCUUGCUCUGGGAAUUCCCUGCCUUCACAGUACAUCGAUUUCAGCUCGUGGCCCUGCAGCUGUGCCAGAUCACUUCCAGCAGAAGACAGCCAAAAAUUGCAAAUUUGAGAAAUGAACAGUCUCCUUGGGAGUCCACAUGGGCUUGAAGGCUGCAUAUUGAACAUUGAAUCACUUUAAUGCUUGUUUCACCUGCUGUUCAUCCAUAUUUGCCUUCAAUAAAACCAAGCAGCCUAGAAGAGCCUCAGGAGAGCCCAUCUUUCAGGGCCAGGAACACCUCCAGAGCACAGUGGCAAUCCAGGGUUAUAAGAAUGUUCUGAAGGUAUUAUGAGGGAUUCUGAGGACUUCUUGCUCUGCCCAGAGACACCACGUUGGAAUUAGAGAUUGGCACUUCUGAGAGGAUGCUGGGAAUCUGCAGAGGGAGAAGGAAAUUCCUGGCUGCCUCUUUGACUCUGCUCUGCAUACCCGCCAUUACCUGGAUUUACUUGUUUGCUGGGAGCUUUGAAGAUAGGAAACCUGUGUCUCUGUCUCCCCUGGAGUCCCAAGCCCACAGUCCCCGGUACACUGCCUCCAGCCAACGGGAGCGGGAGAGCCUGGAGGUGCGCGUGCGAGAAGUUGAGGAGGAAAACCGUGCUCUGCGAAGGCAGCUCAGCCUGGCCCAGGGUCAGAGCCCUGCUCACCGCCAUGGGAACCACUCCAAGACCUACUCCACAGAGGAGGGAACAGGGGACAGUGAGAACCUACGGGCUGGCAUUGUGGCAGGCAACAGCUCUGAGUGUGGGCAGCAGCCGGCUGUGGAAAAGUGUGAGACCAUCCAUGUGGCCAUCGUCUGUGCCGGGUAUAACGCCAGCAGGGAUGUCGUCACCUUGGUGAAAUCCGUCCUCUUUCAUAGGCGGAACCCUCUGCACUUCCACCUCAUUGCUGACUCUAUUGCUGAGCAGAUCCUGGCUACACUCUUCCAGACCUGGAUGGUACCUGCAGUGGGAGUAGACUUCUAUAAUGCUGAUGAGCUCAAGUCUGAAGUGUCCUGGAUUCCCAACAAACAUUACUCUGGGAUUUAUGGCCUGAUGAAGCUGGUGCUGACCAAGACUCUACCUGCCAACCUGGAGAGAGUCAUUGUCCUAGACACUGACAUUACCUUUGCAACAGACAUUGCAGAGCUGUGGGCUGUGUUCCAUAAGUUCAAAGGGCAACAGGUACUGGGCUUGGUAGAGAACCAGAGUGACUGGUAUCUUGGAAAUCUCUGGAAAAACCACCGUCCGUGGCCAGCCCUUGGAAGGGGCUAUAACACAGGAGUCAUACUACUGCUUCUGGACAAGCUUCGGAAGAUGAAAUGGGAGCAGAUGUGGAGGCUGACAGCAGAGAGGGAACUCAUGGGUAUGCUGUCUACCUCCUUGGCUGACCAGGAUAUUUUCAAUGCUGUUAUCAAACAAAACCCCUUUCUGGUGUAUCAGCUUCCCUGCUUCUGGAAUGUGCAGCUGUCAGACCACACCCGCUCUGAGCAGUGCUACAGAGAUGUGUCUGAUUUAAAGGUCAUCCACUGGAACUCCCCCAAGAAGCUUCGUGUGAAAAACAAACACGUGGAAUUCUUCCGCAACCUCUACCUGACCUUCUUAGAGUAUGAUGGCAACCUCCUGCGGCGGGAGCUGUUUGGCUGCCCCAGCGAGACUGAUGUCAACAGUGAAAAUCUUCAGAAGCAGCUCUCUGAGCUGGAUGAGGAUGACUUGUGUUAUGAGUUCCGGCGAGAGCGCUUCACUGUCCACAGAACCCACCUGUACUUCCUGCACUAUGAGUUUGAGCCUUCUGCUGACAACACAGACGUUACCCUCGUUGCUCAGCUCUCCAUGGACAGACUACAGAUGCUGGAGGCCAUCUGUAAACACUGGGAGGGACCCAUCAGUCUGGCCCUCUACCUGUCGGAUGCAGAAGCCCAGCAGUUCCUCCGCUAUGCCCAGGGAUCCGAGGUGCUCAUGAGCCGGCAGAAUGUGGGCUACCACAUCGUGUACAAGGAGGGUCAGUUCUAUCCUGUCAAUCUCCUACGCAACGUGGCUAUGAAGCACAUCAGCACACCCUACAUGUUCUUAUCUGACAUUGACUUCCUGCCUAUGUAUGGGCUCUAUGAGUACCUCAGGAAGUCUGUCAUCCAACUUGACCUUGCCAAUACCAAGAAAGCAAUGAUUGUCCCAGCAUUCGAAACGCUGCGCUACCGACUGUCUUUCCCCAAGUCAAAAGCAGAGCUGCUGUCAAUGUUGGACAUGGGGACCCUAUUCACAUUCAGGUAUCACGUAUGGACUAAAGGCCACGCACCCACAAACUUUGCCAAAUGGCGAACUGCCACCACGCCUUACCAGGUUGAGUGGGAGGCUGAUUUUGAGCCAUAUGUUGUUGUGAGACGAGACUGCCCUGAGUACGAUCGGAGAUUUGUGGGCUUUGGCUGGAACAAGGUGGCUCACAUCAUGGAAUUGGAUGCACAGGAGUAUGAGUUCACCGUGUUGCCCAAUGCCUACAUGAUCCACAUGCCCCAUGCCCCUAGUUUCGAUAUCACUAAGUUCCGUUCCAACAAGCAAUACCGCAUCUGUCUCAAAACCCUGAAGGAAGAGUUUCAACAGGACAUGUCCCGACGAUAUGGCUUUGCUGCCUUGAAAUAUCUCACGGCUGAGAACAAUAGCUAGCACUACGAAGGCCACCACUAGGGAGAGACAUGCCACAAGGGAAGAACCACUUCCUGCCUGGGGCCCAGCCUUUGAAGACAAAAUCCAACACUGCUUUUCUUUGGGUUUUUUUUUUUCCCUAUGUCUCUUUAGCCCCACAAAGCUGCUCUCUUCUGAAGUCUUGGACAGAGACCCAGCCCAACAUGGGUGCUUCCAGAAUGGGACAUAGAAGAAUGGAAGCAAGUGAAGAGUUUAACAACUUACCACAAAGCCACAGACCAAGUCAGGGUUUCUGGAUAUUUCCCAUUGCUUGUUAACAAUUAGGGGUCAAACCUUAGCUGUUGAGGAAGUCAGAGCAAUAAAGUUUCCUACGAUGGAAAUUUACCCUGCCACCUAACUGGGCACCCAUGUGUAAUAGCAACCCAAGGACCCAAACAAACAUCUGGAGACUCUCAUAGGGACAUUAUACAUGCAGGGAUCUGGAGAAGGGAUGAAUUGGUUGUUUAUUCUCAAAGUCACUCUUGUUUUAUUUUUAGUUGUUUGAAUUUGGGUGAUUUUGUUCAUUUUAGUCUUGGAAUCUAAGUUUUUAAAAAAUUUAACCCUUAAAGCUCUAAAAGAAAAAUCAACUCCCUCAAUCAACACCCCUCAACAUCAGUGGCCCUGCAAAGACAAGCAUCCUCGGAGAUGUUCAUGAGUGAACAGCUUCCUUCAUGAUGACCACUGAGACCACCCGAUUUCAAGUUUCCACUCUCUAGAUCCAGGGCUAUGACGGGCACUAUAGAAAUAUGAGGCCAAACACUAUAUGCAAGUCACAUUUUCUAUGGACCAUCACCAAGUCACAAGGAAAGGGCUUCAUGGAACUACUUCAGCACUCACAGAAGGUAUAAUUCCCUUCUUGGGCCUUUAGAAGAACUUGAACAGUUCACAGAAGUUCAAUUUGAACACUUGUUGAACACUACAUUGAAGCCACUGGAAGAAAUGGGUCAGGUAUCUCUGUGUUCAUCCCUGCCUCACUGUUGAAAGUAAGGGAGCUGGUGAACUUAGUUUCCCCUCAGGACCUGUCUGAGUGUUGGCACGCACCUCUUCAUUGUGCAUAUGGAAGAAACACUGGACCCAUUCUUCACUAUUAAUGUUGUGUUUACAUUGAUGAGAACAAGAGUUAAUGGCAUACCCUGUACUGGGCUGUUUGUAUUGAGUUGCCACGUGACCAGCGAAAGCUGCAUUCAAUAAAUGAAGUACAGACUGUUUCUUCCUCUUCUCCCUCCCACCCUUGUAAGAAGCCACAUGACACAUUUGGUCUAGAGAGCAAAGUUAAAUCCAUGCACAGCAUCUCACACUCUCUGUUCUCACAUCUCAUCUUUCUCAUUGUUUGAAAUGUCACCUUUGUUUCCCUCCCAAUUCAAAGAAAAUUCAAAUUUUCCACUGAGCUUCUGUCUCACCACUGUAGCCAGAUGUUUUAUAUUUUAAGUAUGCAAAUUGUGAAAAUCAGUAUCAUUCAA